UUACUGAUCCUGGAGUAUACGUAUAUUGUGUUAGAGAUUGCUUACCUCCUGAAACAAAUACACCAGCACCUACUAGAAUUCCAUCAUCUACUAGAACUCCAUCACCUACUAACAAAACCCAAUCAAAAAGUGAUAGCAAUCAUGCUUUCAAUAUUCCAUCAAUCUAUUCAUUAUUGGUAUAUUCGGUUGCAAUGUGUGUAAUGGCCGAUUUCUGGAUGUAG